UGUCAAAAAUAAAUAACCUUCAAGUAGUACGCUAGUACAUAACAAAAAUAGGUUCCUUAGGAAAAUGAUUUAAAAAAUGAUACCCACGGUUAACAUCGACAGUGGUUAGUUAAUAAUGAAGGUCGUACAGUGCUUUUAGAAUCGUGUUAUAAAUAGAUAAAUAUGGCUCGGUUAGUUGUCAACUUCUGCAAGCUAAACACUCGAACUAGCCUUGUUUUCUUAGCAAAGCCUCCAAAAAUGCCCGAGAUCUUUAGUUUUAGAAACAUUCACAUAAGUCCAGCUCUCCACCGGAAGUCUCUCUACAAAACUGAGUCCAAGAAAAUUCGCUUCUACAUUGUCCACCGAUACGUGGAAUAUUUGAAAAACUAUGACCAAAUUUUGGAAAAGAACUUUCCAAGCGCGAUGCAAGUGUACCGCAUGUUUAGCAUGGGGAUUAAAGAUUUUGCUGUAGAUCUUAAAGAGUACUUCAAAAUAGUCCGAUUGUUCAACUCUCCUGAGAAAGAUAAGUUUAGAAAAUUGACCCGUAAGGAGAUUGAGUUGUACCAUCAAAUGCCCAAAGAUAUGUUCAAGGUGGCGCCAUUAUUGUUACUGUCCGCGCUGCCACUAGUCCCUUAUGUAGUAUUCCCCAUUGCAUAUUUCUUCCCCAGGGUUUUUCUGUCACGGCAUUUCUGGACGUUACAGCAAAAAUCUGAAUAUAGCAUUUUUUAUUUGAGGACGCGACUAUUAAAUAAUAGAUCAUUGUUUAGAUGUGUUCAGGCGGAACUAGAUGGAUUAAAGGGACAUGGGCUAUACAAGGACUGGGCAGUUAUAUUGGGGAUGAUAGGCAGCGGGGUGCAACCCAAGGCUGAACAGAUUUUGAAAUGUAAAGAUUUAUUUAUGUGCCAGCCAUAUCAUUUGUUUUAUUUGAAGGGGAAACAUGUGAAAUAUUUAUUGAAAAUUCACAACCUUCAUCUGGGAUGGUUUAGGCGGGCGCGUCUAGUAGAACGAGCUGUGAUACUUAAAGAAAUGGACAGAGCCAUAAUUAGAGAAGGUGGCGUCCAUAAUAUGCCCAUUGAAGCUUUAAGAAAUGCCUGUCUUAUAAGGGGGCUCAAUCCUGCGAAUAUGCGUAACGAAGACAUGGUGAAUUGGUUAAAUAGUUGGAUUAAAAUUUCAAAUGUUGUGGAUAAAGAAAACUUGUCUCUCUUAUUACAUUGCCCGAUUUUAUUGGCUUACAACGAGCCGUCAAACUGGAUUUUGAUUUAUAAAACGAAAUGAGUUAGUUUUAGUUAAUUUAUUUUCUGAUAUUUGUGAUACGCAAAAGUACCAAAAUAAUUUUGUAUUAUAUAGUUUAGAAGUAUGGCACGACGUGAAUAAAACGAUACGUUUGUUACAAA